CAACACAUGGAUGGACAGAUCAAUCCAUCCUUCUGCAGACUAAGAAUAAAGUCUGUAUCCCUAUCUCCAUUCAUCAAGCCUUCGCUAAGAGUGACCGUACUAAAGCAGACACUACACAACCAUGAGUGGGGACCGAGAUAUGUUGGCAUUUGGGGAAGCGGCACAGUUUUUGCGCAAAUCUGAGCAAGAACGCAUUGAGGCUCAAAAUCAACCUUUUGACGCAAAAACUUAUGUUUACGCCGCUGACAGCAAAAAACUGUAUGUGAAAGGAAUAAUUCAAAGUCGAGAGGGGAAGAAUGUAACAGUCAAAACUGAAAGUGGAAAUGUUGUUACGGUUAAGGAGGAUGACGUUUUCCCAAGGAACCCUCCCAAGUUUGACAAGAUUGAAGACAUGGCUCUGCUUACUCACCUCAACGAGCCGUCUGUCCUGUACAAUCUCAAGGAACGAUACGCGGCCUGGAUGAUCUAUACCUAUUCCGGCCUGUUCUGUGUCACAGUGAACCCCUACAAGUGGCUGCCUGUGUACAAUCCCGAGGUGGUCAAUGCUUACAGAGGCAAAAAACGUCAAGAGGCCCCACCACACAUCUUCUCCAUCUCUGAUAACGCCUAUCAGUUCAUGUUAACUGAUCGGGAGAAUCAAUCUAUUCUGAUCACGGGAGAAUCCGGUGCAGGAAAAACUGUGAACACUAAGCGAGUUAUUCAGUAUUUUGCAACAAUUGCAGCUACAGGAGAUGCCGGGAAGAAAAAAGAAAGUGCUUCUUUAAACAAGGGCACUCUGGAAGAUCAAAUUAUCCAGGCUAACCCUCUACUUGAAGCCUUUGGAAACGCCAAGACUGUGAGGAAUGACAAUUCGUCCCGUUUUGGUAAAUUUAUUCGCAUCCAUUUUGGAGCCACUGGAAAACUGGCAUCUGCCGAUAUCGGAACAUAUUUGCUGGAGAAGUCGAGAGUAACGUUCCAACUUCCUAAUGAACGGAGCUACCAUAUAUUUUACCAGAUACAGUCCAACAAGAAGCCAGACAUAGUUGACAUGUUACUGAUUACCACCAACCCUUACGACUAUCACUACACCAGUCUGGGAGAAAUCGCUGUCAAAAGCAUUGACGAUGGAGCAGAACUAAUGGCCACAGAUGAGGCUAUUGACAUUCUGGGUUUCACGCAAGAGGAAAAAAUGAGUUUAUACAAACUGACUGGUGCGGUAAUGCACUAUGGAAACAUGAAGUUUAAAGAGAAGCCGCGGGAGGAGCAGGCAGAAGCUGAAGGCACACAAGAUGCUGACAAAGUGGCUUAUUUGAUGGGCCUGAAUUCCUCAGAGCUGGUUAAAUCUCUUUGUAGCCCUAGGGUCAAAGUUGGAAACGAAUAUGUUACAAAAAGCCAGAGUGUUCAGCAGGUUUACCAUUCUAUAAGUGCUCUGGCUAGGUCUGUUUUCGAGAAGCUGUUUUUAUGGAUGGUAACGCGGAUCAAUCAACAACUUGAUACCAAACAGCCGAGACAACAUUUUAUUGGGGUUUUGGAUAUCGCAGGCUUUGAAAUUUUUGAUUUCAACACCUUUGAGCAGCUGUGCAUCAACUUCACCAAUGAGAAGCUGCAACAGUUCUUCAAUCACCACAUGUUCGUCUUGGAACAAGAGGAAUACAAGAAGGAAGGAAUCGAAUGGGAGUUUAUUGACUUCGGAAUGGAUUUGGCAGCCUGCAUCCAACUCAUUGAGAAGCCCAUGGGAAUAUUUUCAAUCCUUGAAGAAGAGUGUAUGUUCCCAAAGGCCUCAGACACCACCUUUAAGAACAAGCUUUAUGACCAACAUCUUGGGAAAUCACCCAACUUCCAAAAACCCAAACCUGGGAAAGGCAAGGCCGAAGCUCACUUUACACUGGUUCAUUAUGCUGGCAUAGUGGAUUAUAAUGUCACUGGGUGGCUGGAGAAAAAUAAGGACCCAUUGAACGAGACAGUCGUUGGACUUUACCAGAAGUCAUCAUUGAAACUUCUUGCUUCUCUCUUUUCCAGCUUUGAAGCAGGUUCUGGAGGUAAAAAAAGGAAAGGAUCCUCAUUCCAGACCGUGUCUGCAUUGUUUAGGGAAAACUUGACUAAAUUAAUGACCAAUUUGAAAACCACUCACCCCCACUUUGUUCGUUGUCUGAUUCCGAAUGAAACAAAAACUCCAGGUGAGAUGGAUAACCAGCUAGUCAUACACCAGCUGAGGUGCAAUGGUGUGCUCGAAGGGAUCCGGAUUUGCCGCAAGGGUUUUCCAAACAGAAUCCACUAUGGAGACUUCAAGCAGCGGUAUAAGGUUCUUAAUGCCAGCGCGAUACCUGAUGGCCAGUUCAUUGACAGCAAGAAAGCCUGUGAGAAGCUGCUUGGAUCUAUAGAUAUUGACCCCACACAAUAUAAAUUUGGACACACUAAGGUCUUCUUUAAGGCUGGUCUCCUUGGUCUACUAGAAGAAAUGAGAGAUCAGCGUCUUACUCAGCUGAUCACACGUACCCAGGCCAUGAGUCGAGGGUAUAUCAUGAGGCAAGAAUUUAAGAAGAUGAUAGAAAGAAGAGAUGCCAUCACCACCAUUCAGUACAACAUCCGAUCCUUUAUGAACGUCAAACACUGGCCUUGGAUGAAGCUGUACUUUAAAAUAAAGCCUCUCCUGAAAAGUGCCGAAACUGAGAAAGAGCUGCAGAACUUGAAAGAGGAACUUGAAAAAACCAGAGAGGAACUUGCAAAAUCUGAAUCCCGCAGGAAGGAGAUUGAAGGGAAACUGGUGUCAAUCACACAGGAGAAAAACGAUCUCUUACUCCAAGUGAAUUUGGAGAAUCAGAACCUCUCGGAUGCGGAGGAGAGGUGUGAUGAGCUAAUUAAAAGUAAAAUCCAAAUGGAAGCCAAAGUCAAAGAACUGGUGGACAGACUGGAAGACGAGGAGGAAAUGAGUGCAGAUCUCAUUGCAAAAAAGAGGAAGCUGGAAGAUGAGACCAGCGAGCUGAAGAAGGACAUUGAUGACUUGGAGCUUACGCUAAGCAAGGUUGAGAAGGAAAAACAUGCAACAGAAAAUAAGGUUAAGAAUUUGACGGAAGAACUGUCUGCACUGGAUGAAGCCAUCAUCAAGCUGAGCAAAGAGAAGAAAGCCAUUCAGGAAGCUCAUCAGCAAACCUUGGAUGAUCUCCAGGCAGAAGAAGACAAAGUCAACAGUUUAACCAAACUGAAGUUUAAGCUGGAACAGCAAGUCGAUGAUCUUGAAGGAAGUCUAGAGCAGGAGAAGAAGCUCCGUUUAGACCUUGAGAGAGGAAAAAGAAAGCUAGAAGGAGACUUGAAGCUGAGUCAGGAAGCGAUUAUGGACCUGGAGAACGACAAACUGAAUUCAGAAGACAGACUUAAAAAGAAAGAUUAUGAGGUCUCAGAGUUACAGAGAAAGAUCGACGAUGAGCAAAUUAUCAAUGCACAACUGCAGAAAAAGAUUAAAGAGCUCCAGGCUAAUAAUGAAGAAUUCCAAGAAGAGAUUGAGUCUGAAAGAACUACACGUGCUAAAAUAGAAAAGCAAAGAGCAGAACUUGCCAGGGAACUUGAAGACAUCAGCGAGAAAUUGGAAGAGGCUGGUGGGGCAAGUGCAGUCCAGGUGGAAAUGAACAAGAAGCGGGAGGCAGAUUUUUAUAAAAUGCGUCGGGAUCUAGAGGAGGCCACACUCCAGCAUGAAGCUCAGCUUGCCUCCCUCCGGAAAAAACAUGCUGAUAGCAUGGUGGAACUAGGGGAGCAGAUUGAAAACCUGCAGCGUGUGAAGCAGAAACUGGAGAAAGAGAAGACUGAGUUUAAAAUGGAGGUUGAUGAUCUGGCUGGUAACAUGGAAUCUGUUGCAAAGUCUAAGGCCAAUCUGGAAAAGAUGUGUCGUGUUUUAGAAGAUCAGCUCUCUGAAAUAAAAGCCCAAAACGAUGAGUACCAGCGCAGUGUUAAUGAUUUCACAAUGCAAAAGGCUCGACUCCUGAAUGAAAAUGGAGAGUUUUCUCGUUUGGUGGAGGAAAAGAAUUCUAUCAUUUCUCAGCUUAGUCGGGGCAAAGCAGCCUUUACUCAACAGACAGAGGACUUCCGUAGGCAACUUGAGGAGGAAACGAAGGCCAAAAAUGCUCUAGCCCACGCCUUGCAAUCUGCUCGCCAUGAUUGUGAUUUGCUCCGUGAGCAAUAUGACGAAGAGCAAGAAGCCAAGGCAGAGUUACAGCGCACGCUAUCAAAGGCCAAUAGUGAGGUGGCCCAGUGGAGAACCAAGUAUGAGACAGAUGCCAUUCAACGUACAGAGGAGCUGGAGGAGGCCAAAAAGAAGCUAGCUCAACGUCUCCAGGAAGCAGAGGAACAAGUGGAAGCUCUAAAUGCCAAGUGCUCUUCUCUGGAGAAGACCAAGCUGAGGUUGCAAAUGGAAGUAGAUGAUUUGAUGAUGGACGUAGAAAGGUCAAAUGCUGCAGCAGCUGCCCUGGACAAGAAGCAAAGGAACUUUGAUAAGAUUUUGGCUGAGUUUAAGCAGAAGUGUGAGGAAAGUCAAGCAGAACUGGAAAUGGCUCUUAAAGAGUCGAGGAGCUUGACCACAGAGCUUUUUAAACUGCGUAAUGCUUACGAGAUGAGUCUGGAUCAACUAGAAACUGUAAAACGAGAAAAUAAGAAUCUUCAACAGGAGAUCACGGACCUCACGGAUCAGAUAGUUGAGAAUGCAAAGAACAUAAAUGAACUGGAGAAGAGUCGGAAACAAGUGGAGCAGGAGAAGGCCGAAUUGCUUUCUGCUCUGGAAGAAGCAGAGGGAAGUCUUGAACACGAGGGGGCAAAAAUCCUGCGUAUACAGUUGGAACUUAACCAAGUGAAAUCCGAGGUGGACAGGAAAGUUGCAGAAAAAGACGAGGAGAUUGACCAGAUUAAACGGAAUAGUCAGAGGGUGAUCGACACACUUAAUUCCACUCUGGAGUCUGAAAUAAGGAGCAGAAAUGAUGCCCUCAGAGCCAAGAAGAAGAUGGAAGGGGAUAUUAAUGAGAUGGAGAUUCAAAUGAGCCAUGCCACUCGCCAACUGGUAGAGACUCAGAAGCAACUAAAGAAUGUUCAAGCCCAGCUGAAGGAUGAGCAAUUGUUGCUUGAUGACUUGGCUCGAGACAAUGUGGAGUUGAAGGAGAAUUUGGGCCUGGCUGAACGUAGGAACCACUUACAGCAAACCGAGAUCGAGGAAAUCACUGCAGCACUGGAGCAAACAGAUAAAGCACGCAAACUGGCGGAACAGGAACUUAUUGAUUCUAGUGAGCGUGUCCAGCUUUUACAUUCACAGAACACAAGUCUGAUUAAUGGUAAAAAGAAGCUGGAAAGUGAUGUGUCUCAGCUUCAGAUUGAUAUGGAAGAAGCCAUCCAGGAGAUGAGAAAUGCAGAGGAAAAAGCGAAAAAAGCAAUCACAGAUGCUGCUAUGAUGGCUGAGGAGUUAAAGAAAGAACAAGACACUAGUGCUCACCUCGAGAGGAUGAAGAAAAACCUGGAUCAGUCGGUGAAGGAUCUACAGCAUCGUCUUGAUGAAGCUGAGCAGCUGGCAUUGAAGGGUGGCAAAAAGCACAUCCAGAAGCUGGAGACGAGGGUACGUGAGCUGGAAAAUGAGCUGGAGAACGAACAGAAACAGAGUAACGAAAACAUCAAGGGGUUCAGGAAAGUGGAAAGAAAACUUAAAGAAAUCACAUACCAGUCAGAAGAAGAUCGCAAGAACAUUCUGAGACUUCAAGACCUGGUCGAUAAAUUACAAUCAAAAGCCAAGUCCUACAAGAGACAGGCUGAGGAAUCAGAUGAACAAGCCAAUACCCACCUUUUCAAGCUCAGGAAACUUCAGCAUGAUUUAGACGAGGCAGAGGAACGGGCAGAUAUUGCUGAAUCCCAACUGAAUAAGCUCAGAGGAAAAAGUCGAGAUUUCGGUGGGAAAGUGAACGAGCUGUGAGAAGUUUUACUACAAAGAGUAAAC